AUGACUAAUGCUAACUUCAAUUUUGGGUUUCCGGUGAGACAGCCAGUCACAGUGGAGGUCCAUUUGCAGGACCCAGCACAUCAAACAGCUCCGACGCCACCACAACCUCAAAAAUUCAACUUUGGGUUUGCAGUGAACAAGCAGGGCCCAGCGGCAGCGGACUCAAUGGCGUCAUCACCUUCUGUUGCUCCAACCACAUUCAACUUUGGUUGGGCUCAGUCCCAUUCCACAGAGAAGGCAGUGGUCCUGGCAGGCCAACCACUCAACACGCAAGGCCCAGCAGCAGUCGACUCAGAGCCUACACCACCUUCAGCUCCAAAGACAUUCAACUUUGGCUGGACUUGGCCCAUUACCACAGAGAAGCUGUCUGUCCUGGCAGCUCAACCGGCGCCUACACCACCUUCCCCAGCUCCUAAGACAGUCAACUUUCACUGGACUCGGCCCAUUACCACAGAGAUGCUGGCUGUCACAGAAGCUCAACCGGAGCCUACACCACCUUCCCCAGCUCCCCCAACAUCCAACUUUGGCUGGACUUGGUCCAUUACCACAGAGAAGCUGGUGGGUCUGGCAGCUCAACCAUUCAACUUUGGAAUGGAUCUGGAUGGUGAGGUUCCACCCUCGCCACCUUCACCACUGAAUGGCCAGCCCAUUCGCCAUAACCGGUCCAGUGCUCCCGACAAUGAAAUGCAGGCACCAGUGGCCGAACCUUCAUCCACAGCGGGUGUUGGUACCCAUGUUGGGUUUGACCAUAACAACAAACCAUUCAAGUUUGGAUGUAAGGUCCCUCCAGCAAAGGUUGGGGAGUGGACACUGGCGCCUAUUACAGCUGCCAGCCCAAAACCAUCACCGCCUCUCAUGCCAGUUGACUACACGCCAAAGGCCUUGCCAAACUUUGAGGGUGAAUACUGUACCAUUUCAUUCAAUUUGAUAGUGUAG